UCUUCAAUCCAUUGCCAUUCAUAUCUCGUGUGAGCAGCUAUGGAGUUCAUUCACAAGGGUGGGGUUUGGUGGUUCCUCCUGCUCGCAAUGGUGUUGCUGGCUCCGGCGACGGUAGGCGCCGAGCAGGAGGAUGGGGCCACAACCAUUACCACCUUGCAGGUGGAGGAGGAGGUCGGCUCGCGUGCCGAUGACCAUGGCAACGACGAUUGCGACAUCAAGUGCGCCUAUUACCAAGAUCUGGCCAGGAGACAGUUCUGUGUGGACCAGUGCCACAGCCAGCAGCAUCAUCAUCCUAGCAGAGAAGACUGCGAGUUGAAAUGUCAACACUGGCAAGACCCAACAAGAAAGGAAUUAUGCGUGCAACAGUGCAUGAGCUUCGGCCUCAACCUCCAUGUGGGUGGCAGCAGCAGCGUCCAUGAGCGCCCUCAUGCCUUGGAGGAGGAGGUCGGCUCGCGUGCCGAUGACCAUGGCAACGACGAUUGCGACGACAAGUGCGCCUAUUACCAAGAUCUGGCCAGGAGACAGUUCUGUGUGGACCAGUGCCACAGCCAGCAGCAUCAUCAUCCUAGCAGAGAAGACUGCGAGUUGAAAUGUCAACACUGGCAAGACCCAACAAGAAAGGAAUUAUGCGUGCAACAGUGCAUGAGCUUCGGCCUCAACCUCCAUGUGGGUGGCAGCAGCAGCGUCCAUGAGCGCCCUCAUGCCUUGGAGGAGGAGGUCGGCUCGCGUGCCGAUGACCAUGGCAACGACGAUUGCGACGACAAGUGCGCCUAUUACCAAGAUCUGGCCAGGAGACAGUUCUGUGUGGACCAGUGCCACAGCCAGCAGCAUCAUCAUCCUAGCAGAGAAGACUGCGAGUUGAAAUGUCAACACUGGCAAGACCCAACAAGAAAGGAAUUAUGCGUGCAACAGUGCAUGAGCUUCGGCCUCAACCUCCAUGUGGGUGGCAGCAGCAGCGUCCAUGAGCGCCCUCAUGCCUUGGAGGAGGAGGUCGGCUCGCGUGCCGAUGACCAUGGCAACGACGAUUGCGACGACAAGUGCGCCUAUUACCAAGAUCUGGCCAGGAGACAGUUCUGUGUGGACCAGUGCCACAGCCAGCAGCAUCAUCAUCCUAGCAGAGAAGACUGCGAGUUGAAAUGUCAACACUGGCAAGACCCAACAAGAAAGGAAUUAUGCGUGCAACAGUGCAUGAGCUUCGGCCUCAACCUCCAUGUGGGUGGCAGCAGCAGCGUCCAUGAGCGCCCUCAUGCCUUGGAGGAGGAGGUCGGCUCGCGUGCCGAUGACCAUGGCAACGACGAUUGCGACGACAAGUGCGCCUAUUACCAAGAUCUGGCCAGGAGACAGUUCUGUGUGGACCAGUGCCACAGCCAGCAGCAUCAUCAUCCUAGCAGAGAAGACUGCGAGUUGAAAUGUCAACACUGGCAAGACCCAACAAGAAAGGAAUUAUGCGUGCAACAGUGCAUGAGCUUCGGCCUCAACCUCCAUGUGGGUGGCAGCAGCAGCGUCCAUGAGCGCCCUCAUGCCUUGGAGGAGGAGGUCGGCUCGCGUGCCGAUGACCAUGGCAACGACGAUUGCGACGACAAGUGCGCCUAUUACCAAGAUCUGGCCAGGAGACAGUUCUGUGUGGACCAGUGCCACAGCCAGCAGCAUCAUCAUCCUAGCAGAGAAGACUGCGAGUUGAAAUGUCAACACUGGCAAGACCCAACAAGAAAGGAAUUAUGCGUGCAACAGUGCAUGAGCUUCGGCCUCAACCUCCAUGUGGGUGGCAGCAGCAGCGUCCAUGAGCGCCCUCAUGCCUUGGAGGAGGAGGUCGGCUCGCGUGCCGAUGACCAUGGCAACGACGAUUGCGACGACAAGUGCGCCUAUUACCAAGAUCUGGCCAGGAGACAGUUCUGUGUGGACCAGUGCCACAGCCAGCAGCAUCAUCAUCCUAGCAGAGAAGACUGCGAGUUGAAAUGUCAACACUGGCAAGACCCAACAAGAAAGGAAUUAUGCGUGCAACAGUGCAUGAGCUUCGGCCUCAACCUCCAUGUGGGUGGCAGCAGCAGCGUCCAUGAGCGCCCUCAUGCCUUGGAGGAGGAGGUCGGCUCGCGUGCCGAUGACCAUGGCAACGACGAUUGCGACGACAAGUGCGCCUAUUACCAAGAUCUGGCCAGGAGACAGUUCUGUGUGGACCAGUGCCACAGCCAGCAGCAUCAUCAUCCUAGCAGAGAAGACUGCGAGUUGAAAUGUCAACACUGGCAAGACCCAACAAGAAAGGAAUUAUGCGUGCAACAGUGCAUGAGCUUCGGCCUCAACCUCCAUGUGAGUGGCAGCAGCAGCGUGGACGAGCACCUCCGCGGCUGGGAAGCGGUGGCCGGAGCCAUCAUCGAGGAGGUGGUGUGACGUCCGCGGUGUCGCAUCUAUAAUACUGUACUCCAUAACUAUUAAGAGUGUACUCCUAUAUGUAAGUUAUAGUGCGUACGUGUCACCGGCGAGUAGUAGCUCUAUACGGAGACCUACCUCGACCGACUAUGGCUCGUGCGUACGUACACGCCCGCGUAUACGUCUAGCUAGCUGUAGCUACGACGACAAAGGCGUGAGAAUAAAAGGCCAAUAGCGCGCGGUAGCUGCAUGCUUGGCGAUGCCUCUCCUAGAAGAGAGCUGCAUGUGUAUGUGUAUCUAUAUGUCACUGUAUGUGUUCCGUGCAUUUGUUCCAUCCCUACGUAUCUUUCUGGUGA